CGCGCUUGCGCAGGCGCUCGGCGCAGAGGCCUGCGGGAAACCAAGAUGGCGCAUGGGGGUUCUCCAGGGCGCAGUUGGCACCUUAUCAGUAUCUAAGCGGAGUGUUUUGGAAGGAGUUAAGGGGCUGUGGCAAACGCCCUCUCCGCCGUCAUGGCCCGGCAUCGGAAUGUUCGAGGCUAUAACUACGAUGAAGGUAGGAGGCAGGGUCAUGCCGGGACGUUCUUUUGCGGUUACAGCUGGGAUCCUAGCCCGUUGGCAUCUACUUCAAUUUAUUUUGAAGAUGAUGAUCUCUAUGGCCAGUCUGUAGAGGAUGAUUAUUGUAUUUCGCCAUCAACAGCUGCUCAGUUUAUUUAUUCACGGCGUGACAAACCUUCUGUUGAGCCUGUAGAAGAAUAUGAUUAUGAAGAUCUGAAAGAAUCUUCCAAUUCUGUUUCGAACCAUCAGCUCAGUGGAUUUGAUCAAGCUCGUCUUUAUUCGUGCCUUGAUCACAUGAGAGAGGUACUUGGAGAUGCUGUGCCAGAUGAAAUAUUAAUUGAAGCAGUUCUGAAGAACAAGUUUGAUGUGCAGAAGGCUUUGUCAGGGGUUCUGGAACAAGAUAGAGUGCGGAAUUUGAAGGACAAGAAUGAGGGAACAGUAUCUACAAGAAAGAUGGCAAAAGGAAAACCAGUAGAUUCCCAGACAUCGCGAAGUGAAUCUGAAAUUGUGCCAAAAGUUGCUAAAAUGACUGUAUCUGGAAAGAAGCAAACUAUGGGAUUUGAAGUGCCUGGAGUAUCUUCUGAAGAAAAUGGUCAUAGUUUCCACACACCUCAAAAAGAACGGCCCAUUGAAGAUGCCAUUGCUUCUUCUGAUGUUCUUGAGACUGCUUCUAAAUCUGCCAAUCCACCCCUGACGGUUCAAGCAUCAGAAGAGCAGAGUUCAACCCCAGCACCGGUGAAAAAGUCUGGCAAGCUGAGGCAGCAAUUAGAUGUGAAGGCGGAACUGGAGAAGCGGCAAGGAGGGAAGCAGCUCCUCAACUUGGUGGUCAUUGGUCAUGUUGAUGCUGGGAAAAGUACUCUGAUGGGCCAUAUGCUUUAUCUUCUGGGUAAUAUAAACAAAAGAACUAUGCAUAAGUAUGAACAGGAGUCUAAAAAGGCUGGCAAAGCUUCAUUUGCAUAUGCAUGGGUCUUGGAUGAAACUGGCGAAGAAAGGGAAAGGGGAGUAACCAUGGAUGUUGGUAUGACAAAGUUUGAAACCACAACCAAAGUUAUUACAUUAAUGGAUGCUCCAGGCCAUAAGGACUUCAUUCCAAAUAUGAUUACAGGAGCAGCCCAGGCGGAUGUAGCUGUUUUAGUUGUAGAUGCCAGCAGGGGAGAGUUUGAAGCUGGAUUUGAGACUGGAGGACAAACACGAGAGCAUGGACUCUUGGUCCGUUCUCUGGGAGUGACGCAGCUUGCUGUUGCAGUUAAUAAAAUGGAUCAGGUUAAUUGGCAACAAGAAAGAUUUCAAGAGAUUACUGGAAAACUUGGGCACUUUCUUAAGCAAGCAGGUUUUAAGGAGAGUGAUGUAGCUUUUAUUCCUACAAGUGGUCUCAGUGGUGAAAAUCUAAUCACAAGAUCUCAGUCAAGUGAACUCACAAAAUGGUAUAAAGGACUAUGUUUAUUAGAACAAAUUGAUUCCUUUAAGCCUCCCCAGCGAUCUAUUGACAAGCCUUUUAGAUUAUGUGUGUCUGAUGUUUUCAAAGAUCAAGGAUCUGGAUUUUGCAUAACUGGUAAAAUUGAAGCUGGUUAUAUCCAAACUGGUGACCGACUACAGGCAAUGCCUCCUAAUGAAACUUGUACCGUAAAAGGAAUCACUCUGCAUGAUGAACCUGUUGAUUGGGCAGCAGCAGGCGAUCAUGUUAGUCUUACUUUGGUUGGGAUGGAUAUCAUCAAAAUCAAUGUUGGCUGCGUAUUUUGUGGCCCCAAAGAACCUAUUAAAGCUUGCACUCGCUUCAGAGCCCGAAUCCUCAUCUUUAAUAUUGAAAUUCCUAUCACUAAAGGAUUUCCUGUGCUGUUACACUACCAAACUGUCAGUGAACCCGCCGUUAUUAAACGAUUGAUUAGUGUCUUAAACAAAAGCACGGGUGAAGUCACAAAGAAAAAGCCUAAGUUUUUGACUAAAGGCCAGAAUGCAUUGGUAGAGCUGCAGACACAAAGACCAAUAGCUCUUGAGCUGUAUAAAGACUUUAAAGAGCUGGGGAGGUUCAUGCUACGUUACGGUGGUUCUACAAUAGCUGCUGGUGUUGUCACUGAGAUAAAAGAAUGAUGGGUCAGAAUUUCUGCCGUGUUUCCGGAUACAGUGAAAUAGCUAACCUCUGUUUCAAAGAAUCCAGUCAUUAAGUCAAAGGAACAAUGUGCAAUUGAUAUUUUUUUAGAUGAGAGGAAAAAUUAAAGCUAAAAUUAGCUGCAAAGAAGUAUUAAUAAUCACCUCUGCAAAAAUUAUAAGUUGCCAACUGGCAAAGAAAGGCUAAUGUUAAAAACAACUUUCCCUUUGAAAUGUUAGUAAAUGGAUUUACUUCGCUGAGAUUUAUGGCAAGUGUCAAAAAUAGUAUCCGAAGAUACUGAAUCAUCAUGAAAUGAACUCUACUUCUGGCCAAAGCACAAUGUAUUUGCAGUUUUCUCUUUUGAUUCAAUUAUACUGCACAUGUUUUAAGGAAAAGUAACUUAAUUGGGUUUUUCAGGCAGUUGAUAUUUGACCUAAGCUUUUUUUUUUUUUUUUUUUUCCAGUUAACGCUAAGAAAAGAUUUGGGGAAGGUUAUAAUAAAGGUAUUUUGUGGUGACCAUAAGAAUGUCCCUCCCCAAACAAGUAAACUUGUGAAAGUUUAGUUUGGAAUUAGUGGAAGCUGUUCCUUUGAAAGCCAAGAUAUUAUUUAAGUUGUAAAGCCAGCUAAUAAAAUGCCUUAGUUUGAGCAUAAUACAAACUGUGUUUUGUUCUUCAGACAUUUAUGAGAUUCUCUAGACAUUUAUGAGAUUCUCUGCCACUAACAUUAAAUAUGAUUUAUGGGUUUUGUGGGAUCUUUUCCACCUAAGAGUUUCCUAGCUCUGUCACAUGAAUUAUUUUUUAUCCUAAUGGCAGAUCCAAUUUCAUCACAUCCAUUUUUUUAACCAUAACUUGCUUUUCCUAUUCUCACUUUUAGAAUUAUACCUAUGAUGGCCCUGUCUUUAUCUUGCUUGCCUUAUAAAUUAUAAGUCCCCUGUGAGUAAGUAAGAGUCAUAUUUUUCUUUAAGGUUUCAACAACAAACCCCAAAGUUUACUUAUUUAAAAACAGGUAUUCGUUGAGGUGCCUCCUGGGUGCAAGGAGCUUUAGAGUAGAUUUUGACCUCAGCUGAACCUGGAACUCUGAUCUAAUAGACUAUUUAUGAUAAGCCUUUUUUUUCUUUUUUUUUUUUUUAAUUAGAAAGCAGUGUGAUUUGUAUAUUGAUGGCUUAAUAUAUACAACAGCAUUUCUUUUCCCCGCCCCUUUUCAUGAACCUGACAUUUUGAACAUAAGCAAUAACAUCCAUAUGGUAAAGUAGGCAGAUUAUACAUGUGCUGCUUAGUGGAUGAUUACCAAGUGAACACACUUGGUAUAUUUCUUUACCAAAAUACAUGUGUAGUUGUCACUUCAGAGUAAAUUCACUGAGUUAAGAAACUUUUAUUUAUAUAUUAAUAUUAAUCAGGAAUUUAACAGAUACAUGUGACAGAAAUCUAACUUCAAGUGACUUAAGUAGCAAAGAAAAAUUUUUGAAUGACAUAACUGAGAAAAUUAGAGGUAGCCCUAGCUUUGAUUCAGUUUAAAUCGAGCAGCUCACCCAAUGUUAGCAAGGACUCAUCUCCACUCUGCCUUCCUUAGUGCUGGUUUUGCCCUCAAACUCUAUACAGAACUCUUACCUGGGCACAGUGGCUCACACCUGUAAUCAAAACACUUUGGGAGGCUGGGUCGGGAGGAUAGCUUGAGCCCAGGAGUUUGAGACCAGCUGAGGCAAUAUAGUGAGACCUUGUCUCUACAGAAAAAAUUUAAAAACAGAUCAGCUGGGUGUGGUGCCACAUGCCUGUAGUCCCAGCUACUCAGCAGGCUGGGGUGGGAAGAUCACUUGAGCCCAGGAGGUCAAAGCUGCAGUGAGCCAUGAUUGCAUCACUACAGUCCAGCCUGGGCAGCAAAGCAAGACCUUGUCUUCAACAAAUAAAAAACCUCUCCUGUAAUGCCAGGUUCUUGACAGGAUGUGAUAAUUCCACACUUACAUCCUCAGAUCUUCCAUCCAGGGCAAGGACAGACUAAAAGAGCAUAUAUUUUCCAGAAAUCCUAGAAACAUCUCAUCAUUGACUCUGAUUGAAUUUUAUUUAUUAAUACUUCCCUAGGAUAUCCUGUGUUUGAGUGUGAAGUAAGUAUCACACAAAGCAUAUAGCUAACAGUUGUGGGAGGAUUGGAAAUUCAGGGUGCUGUUAGGAAGGGGAAAUGGAUUGGGGUUUAAGGUAGGGGGAGUAAAAACAAGAAACCAUCCACUCUGUAUAUAAGACCAUGAUCGAAUUAAGAAUUUUAGUUUACAAUUUAGCAUAAACAAAUAGUAGUAGUAGAAAUUAAUGCAUUUAUUCAUUCCUUCUCCAAUAGUGUUUAAGUACAACCUUUUUUUUUUUUUUUUGCAUUUUAUUGAUGAUUGAUUGUGGUGGAAGGGAGUGGUGAUAUUAUUUCAAGGAUUCACUGUGUGAGAACACUGUUGGUAGUGGAAGACUUGAGUUAAUUAAGUGACAAAGAGGUAGAGCAGGCACGCCCAAGCUUGUUUAUGCUCUGAUUUCCUCACCCUGUUACUUUCAUCCAUAAUUUAUAGUACAUCCAUUUUGUGUCAUUUUGCUUCAGGUAUUUCUUGUCCUGACUCUUCUUUUUUAUGAUUUUACUGUUUCUUCACACUAAUGGCUUUGUCAUCUGACUUUGACUCUUUGUGAGAUUCUACUGAGCAGUUAACCUCUAGGAUAAUGUGGCUUGAACACAUUGCAAAACCGUUUUUUGACUUGUUAGUAGUAUUCACACAUUCAUGACAUUUGAGCCUCUCCACUGUGAGAAAUGUUUUAGAGACCAGUUUCUAGGCAUAGCUGUUUUUCCCCUGUGAGUAUGGAAAUCAAUACUUUUAACCGUUGUUAAAAUGCAAUCAUAGUGACUUCAGAAAAUUUGGAAAAUACAGAGAAGAGUAAAAUUAACCCACAGUUCUAUCACCUAAAGGUAACUGCUGCCAAUGUUUUCAUGUAUUUCUUUUGUAUCUCUCCAAUGCAUUUUUUUACAUAGUUGUGAGCGUUAGCCAAGUUAUUUUCAUUUUAUGUAAUCAAUUUUUCCAAUAGAAUUAUUAGAGGUAUUUUUUAUUGAUAUAAAAAUAACAAUUACAGAUCCUGAUGUGCAGAAAUUAGUCAAAAUUAUACAGUUUCCAAAAAAUCAAGACAAGUAGGCCCAGUACAAACUACUUAAUCGUCUUCUAAUUUCCCUCUAAAAUAUUUAUAGAAAUGCGUAAGAGAAAAAUAUUCAUCCUUUCCUCAUCUAAUUAUGAGCCUGCCAUAUUCCAGGCACAAGAGAAAGCUGUCCGGCUUGAGUCUUAAUAGGGCUGAUAGUCCAACCAGGGGACAGGGUAUCUAUCAUAGAGAGAUAAUUCGAAACUUUACGAUUGGGGAGUAGGUGAUGGUAGAAAAUUCUGCGGCAAACAUUUGUUGAUGCUCAUCAUUUGUUGAUGUCAUCAAAGAUCACCAGGGCAUAAUUGUAAUCAAAAUUAGUUUUUAUUGAUGCUUGCUGCAGCAAGAGAGACUGCACACCACUGGGGUCUAUAGGUGCUUCUCAGUGGGAAGGUGUAAGGAGGGGCUUGCUAAGAAUUUGAGCACAUGUAGCUAAUUUUAAGGAGGGCUGAAGCAAGCACGGGUUUCUUCUGGAUUGAGUGAGUGCUGUCAGAAAGUGGGAGUGAUUUUGCAAUUGGGUAUCUUAAUUUUUGUGUUGUGGAUGGGAGGAAAGGAAAGAAGCAACAGUCAUCCAUGUUAGCCACAAGAAGAGGUUGGCUAUUUAUGGUUUGCACAGUGACUUUGUUUUUGUCUGUGCUCAGGCAUGAUUACAAUAUCUCAUUUUAUCCGGAUUACGGUGACCUCAUCUGAUGUUAGAGAUUUGAGAAUUGUUAAAUGUUCAGCAGGAGAACACCACCACAUAGUGUGAAUGCUAGGUCAGAAGCUGCUUUUUCACACCGAAACCAUUUAAGUAUGUACAAGUAAGUUAAUAGUGUAAAUGUAGAUGUAAAAUACAAUGCAAAACAAAAUAAUGAAGUAAGUGAAUUAAAUUAUUGUGCCAAAUAUGGGGAUAUGAAAUAGGGAAAGAAAAGCAUUAAAUUACUUAUAGUCCAUAAAGGGACUACAUUAUUUUGUUAUUCUGAUAAUCCCAUAAAACAAAGUUUUAAGAAUGUUUACAGUAACCACGAGUGGAAUUAGUGAAACUAUUCGUAUCAAUGCAAAAAAAAAAAAAAAAAAAAAAAA